AUGACGACCGUCUCCUUCGACUCCCGUGGAACGUCCUUCGCCGGCCUCCUCCUCAUAUCCCUCCGGGAAGAUGACUGCAACGUCAACACCGUCAGACGGGUGCCCCUCUCGAGCCAGACGUCCUCCGUCGCUCUCCUAUGCCUAGUCACGAAGGACGCCCCAGAGGGCAACGGAAGCUUAACGCUGAGUUUCCGGGUCCACACUUGGCUGCCCUUCCACCCCGCAGAGGAGCUGAUCAGGCUCGGCACCUGGGCUCCCGAGGAUUUCCCCGAGUGGGAAGACCUUUUCGUCGACAGGUUCGAGUCCCUGGAGGAAUCGACGCUGCGCGUGUCGAGCGACAAUUCGGACAUGCCCUUCUUCUACAGCAGGGACAACAAGACGUUCGACGGCACCAGUAAGCGAAUUAUGGAUGCCCUCGGCGGGUGGAUCAACUUCACCUCCACCUUCACUGAGAGUUCGAGUGACGAUAAAUGGGGCGAGAUCGUUAACGGCACUUGGGUAGGAAUGCUGGGUGACGUCCUUAGAGGGGACAAGGAUCUCGCAGUCAACUACUUCUCAGUCACUGAGGAAAGAGCUCAGUACUUCGACUUCUCAGUUCCUCACUACAACGAAGGAUUCGGAUUUACGAUCAGAGUUCCUCCGCCUCUUCCUCGAUGGCUCAGCCUGACUUAUCCCUUCACUCCGGUCGUGUGGGGCGGGGUCGUUGUGGCUCUUGUCCUCAUAGCUGUAGCAUACUACUUCCUGCGGGAACAGCACGCUAGCUCCUUUUUCGAAUCCUUUAUGGAUAUUGCGAAGAGUCUAAUAAACCAAGGUGGCAUCGAUCCCCCAGACUCCUGGACCAUCAGGACGUUCCUGCUUAUCUGGUGGGUGUCUGCCUUCGUCAUCGUCCUGUCCUACACCUGCAACCUCAUCGCCGUCCUGACUAUCCCUGCCUAUCCCAAAAGGAUAAGGAGCAUCGGACAGUUGGCUGAGAGCAAUUUCAGGGUGUGUAUGUUGGAUUACGGCGAGUUCGUACCGGAAGCUCUGGCCACCUCCAAGGACGCGGAGCUGUUCGCCCUGGGCUCCAAGCUAGACCUAGUGCCAACGACCGUGCACCAAGACUACUUCGGGGAAGAAGGCUGCGUCGAACUGGUUCUCCAAGGGACCCACGCCCACGUCGAAACCUUCUCCUACAACCAGCUCAUCUACAUCGAAAUGGGCUACAGCGACGCGGUCUACUUCGUGAGGGAGCAGAUCUACAAGGCUAACUUGGCUUUCUUCUUCCGGAAGCAUACGCCGUGGAAGUUCAAGUUCGACGAAGGUAUUCGGCGCCUGGUGGAGUCCGGCCUGGUGCAGAAGUGGUACGACGACAUCAUGGCCGAGAUCAGGAUGAAAAACAAAAGGGAAGUGAUGGAAUCCAGCGAGCAAUCUCUGUCUAUGGCCCAUCUGCAAGGCCCAUUCUUAAUCCUCGCAUUUGGAUUAGUGGUGUCCUCUGUGGCCUUCAUCACUGAAUAUCUCCGGAAGUGA